UAGUCGGUUACGAUUGCCGUGAGCCGAGCACCGGAAGUGUCGAGGAAGUGUGGAGCAGUAUCAGUAUCAGAGUCAGACUUUGAAUCACAACCAGAAUCAGAAUCUGAAUCAGAUCUUUAGCCCAAAAAAAACUGAAAUCUCAGGCACUUUAGCCAGCCAAUCGGACAUCUAAACCAAUUUGAAAAAUAAAAAAAAAACCAAAAAUCAAAAUUUUCAAAAUUCCCAAAACAAUAACAACAGUUUUCUGGUGCCCAAAAGACAUUGUCGCGUGCUUGAAGAAAUCGACCAAAUUCAAGGUUUGGAUUCUGGUUCUCCCCCCCCAUUUGGUGUCGUAUUUUUUUUUAUUUUUUGAAAGUGCGUGCGUGUUAUGAAAAGUUUGUUUGAGGGGUUUUCUUUUUGAACAAAAAAAAAAAUCAGAAAUAAGUUACAACAAAGCAGCUGCCGAGCGGGAAAGUCGGAGGUCAGGUAUCCCUAGUCCCCCUGUGUCCAGCCAGCUCUAUUAUAAGCCAUUGCUUUUUCUGCCUGCCUCGGCUCUUUCGAGGUGAAUGAAGUUUAUGCAGACCUAUGCGGAAAAUUUUAUUUCAUUUCGGUUCGGUUUGGUUUGGUUUGGCUUGCUUCGUUAUUUCCUUCAGCUCUUGUUUGGGUUCCGGGUUCCGGGUUCGGGUUCUGUUUUUUUUUUUUUGUGUUUCUGGGUUAAUUUUCGUUGCCUUUUCAUAUUUGAUGAGGACGUGUGAUGGCGAACGGUGGUCCAGGUGGGGUGUCACCUAAAACAGAAGCUCCAGUUUUCCACUUUUCCGUUUCCUUGGCACCACGGGACGCCGAGUAUCCCCCGCCCAUUUUAUACUUUAUUUAUCUGUCCGCCCUGCCCAUGGCCUUUUGUUAUGCAUGGCCGUGUGAAUCAUUCAUAUGCAAAUGCUGUGAAAAUUCUCAUUUAUGUUCCGAGGAAUCCCGCAGAAACCACUGGGUUGUGAAGAAAAACCAUGGGAGAAGUCAUUCUGUGGUCUUUCCGGUAUUCUGAUGGGCAUGGCCAAUGCCAUAUUUUGGUCUCGAUUAAGUGUUGCCUACUUAUCGGCUACCGUCUGCUUUGUUUGCCCUGGCCAAUUACAAUUACGCCGGUCGGCGAGCAGUUCAUUAGCGACCAUGACUAACCGCUUUUCGGCCUAAUCUAAUCGGCUUUGCCAGCCAGCCAGUUUGAUUCCUAAUUUGAGAGUUCAGCCAUGAGUAUUUUGUGCAAAAUAACACACAGAGAAAACCCUCAUAGGGAUACAUUUGAUAAUUGCAUGGUUGCCUUGUUUACUAUAAUUUUUAUCUCUUGCUCUGGGUGAAAGCGAGAUAGCAAUUGAAUCUCUUUGAAAUAUAAAAAGAGAGCAAACCUAUAUCUAGAUAGAAGUGAUACUGAAUUUUCUCAACAUGAUCAUCAUAUCUUAUCAAGAUUUAUUCACUGUGUAUAUAAAAACAUAUAGGCUACCGACGGGGAAUUGUUUUUUUGAAACUACUACUACUAAGUAAACGCUCUACUUAAUUGCUUUAUAAGAAGAAAGUUUGAAGAAAGUUUAACCAAUAAUGGAAAUGAAAAAUACCAAAUCGAAAUGAAUGCAAGGUAUAUAUUUUUCCCAAAUAAAUCAUUAACAAGUAUUAUAACGUUCAUACUCGCGCUCCAAUUACUUUUCACGGUCUGCUCGAACUCUUUGCACUUCAUAUAUGUGGUGGCUAUAAUCUGCUAUGGUUGAUCAAUUGUAAUCGACGGAUUGUUGACGCAUUAAGCCUCUUGUCCAUCAGCACCGCCACCGGCUUUUAGCCUUUUCACGGCCUUAACUCAAUGGUUGUGAGGAGCUUUAUCCGGAAACUGGGUCAAAAUCAGGAAAACUCAUCUGUAUCUGGCAAAAGAAUGUAUCUAAUUGAGUAAAAUAAGGAACUAUAGUUCCAUUAGAAUAAUAUCACAUAGUAUGCCACAAAAGAACCUGUAAGGUUGUAUAGUUUGUUCAUUUAUUUAUAGUACUAUAUAAAAUAUUGGGAACCUCCUCUUGACCUAUUUGAGUUUGAAUAAUAAGACAUUUUCGUAGUGUCCUUAGUUUCGAGAGGAUAGCUUUGUAUAUUUAGUUAGAUAAUUACCAAUCUGUAAACACAAGUAUUUGGCUUGUUAUGUAGGUUCUGCGUAGCCCAACUGAGGGAUUAUUAUGUUUAUGAUGCUUAUGAUUUUCCCUUUAGAAUUUAUUAAUUUAAAGUGGUGCCCCACGAUGAUUGAUUUUCUCAAAGGCAAUCUCAGAAACAGAAUCACAAAGGGCUGUGUUCUCAGGCCAACCUGUCUGGUUUUCGAUCCAGUUCCUAACGACUUGCUUACCCGAAGCGUUAAAAAGUUAUUAUAGUCCACCUCCACCUACUUUGCCAUAAUUCAAGGAAAAGAAAGGGGGAAGUUCCCUUUUUUUUUUUUUAAUAUUGCGGCUAAUUUGGUCCGACCAUCAAGACCACAACAACAGGCAGAAGAAAGCGGAAAGAAAUGGCGGUUGGCAGUUGGCGGGGGGGUGGUGGGUGGGAGUAAGAGGCUUUCCCCCAGCCUAGGCAAUUAAUUUACAUUAAUUUCCCUUUGUUCGCAUGGCAUUGUUUUGUUUCGUUUCGUUUCGGUUCGUUUCUUCUGACUGGAUACCUGCUGCAGCAGCGACUUUAUUAGAAAACAAUUACAACACUUGGGCAUCUCUGCUCUGUACCGUUUCAACGCGACCUGGAAAGGAGCCGUCCAUUAUCAGCAGGACCCAAGGAAAGAGGUGAAAGUAUGUCGGAAAAGAACCAAGGACGCAAGGUUGAGGAGGAGGAGGGGCAAAAGGAGCAGGAGCAGGAGCAGAUGGAGCAGGAGGAAAUGGAGCAGGAGCCUCCGAGCAGCAGGAAUGGCAGUUGCGGAUCUCCGCCGGAACCGGAACCGGAAGUGGUAGUGGAGGAGGAAGAGGCGGCAUCGGGAUCGGCAGCCGGAACCGAAGGAGCCGGCUCGGAAGCACCUGCUCCGGCCAAUCCAAACACGGAUCUGGAACUGGAGCGCGACAGGGACAGGGACUCCCAUGGCGACAGGUCCACUCAUAGGGAUGAGUUUGGGACGCAGCGCGUUUAUAAGAAGACCUCGCCGAACUGCGUGCUGACCCUAUAUCUACCGACUCGCGAGAUAACGCUCACCGGGAACAAUCCGUCCGUCCUGCGGGGCAUUGUCUUCGUGGAUCCCAAGGCCAUCCAGGGAUAUCGCGUAUACGCCCAGCUGACGCUGACCUUCCGAUACGGCCGCGAGGACGAGGAGGUGAUGGGUCUGCGAUUCUGCAACGAGGCCAUCAUGUCGCUCCACCAGAUUUGGCCACGCCUCGAGGAACCCACUCCGGAAUCCCUCAGUCCAUUGCAGGAGGCCCUGAUGAAACGCCUGGGAGACGGCGCCCAUCCCUUCACCCUAUCGCUAUCCUCCUACGCCCCACCCAGUGUCCAGUUGGUUCCGGCCAAGCGAUACUACGGAGCUCCGAUUGGCACCAGCUACGAUGUCCGCUGCUUCAUUGCGGACAAAACGGAUGAGAAGUUCCAUCGACGGGCAUCCGUGAAGAUGGGCGUAAGGGUGAUCUACCGCACGGAUGUAUUUCAUCAACAUUUGGCUCCCGAGCAGUUUGCCGCCUAUGCCGGUCGACAACAUGGCCCAUCUCCGCCGGCCAGUGCCACGCCCCCCUCGGGCGGGGAAGGAGGUGGCGAGCAGCAGCCGCAGCCGAGCUCAUCCCAUCAAUCACAGUAUCAAUCGCAAUCGCAGCCGACAAGCGGAUCCAAGCACAAGUCCAAGUCGGAGCGGGGCGACUCCUUUCCCAAGCUUCGUCUCUCGCCGAAAUCCUUUCGAUUCAGCGGUCGCUUCGGGCGCAGCAAGAGCGAGAUCGAGAAGUGUCCCAAUGAUCCGUUCCACAACUACAGCAAGUCCUUCCAGGAGCACUGUGACAGCAUGUUACCACCGCACACUGGUGCCGGGGUCACCGGAGGAAUCGGGGGCGUCAGCGUGGGACCCUGUGGCGGUCCCCAAGGAUCCGUGGACAAGCCCUUUCUACUGCACGACGGACGGGUCGGCUUGAGGGCCAGCUUGGACAAGGGCUGGUACACCCACGGCGAGGACGUCAAUGUGACCGUUAAUAUACGCAACGACAGCCGCAAGACGGUCCGCAAAGUGCGGGUCUGCGCCAUCCAGCACGUCGACGUCUGCAUGUUCAACAAUGGCAAAUUCAAGAAUGUGGUGGCCGACUCGGACAACGUGUCACCGCCGGUGGACCGCACGGUGGCUCCCGGGGCUUCGCUCAACACCACCGUGGUGCUCCGUCCGCAGCGCGGACCCACCAAGAACUGGAUCGCCCUGGAGGACACCCUGCAGCGCAGCACCGAGCCGGAUGAGAUCACCGGCGCCAUCGCAGCCUCGGCCAUCCGUUCGCCGCACUUUGUCAUGCAGAAUGCCCAGCUGCUUGGUGGAUGCGGACAUCCACUGGGCAGCCCGGCCCUGGUCACCCCACAUCCGCACUUGUGGCAGCCGGGUCCCCAGGGUCAGGGCCAGGGUCAUCCAGGACAUCCCAAUGCCCCCGGAAAUGGCGAGGAGCGCAACGUGUUCGCCAUCUAUGUGUCCUACUACGUCAAGGUGAAGCUCACCCUGAGCGGCAUGGGCGGCGAGUUGUCCCUGAAGUUGCCCUUCGUCCUGGUCCAUGUGGAUGAGACCCAGCGUCCGGGCUUCGCCUCAGCCACCCUGGGUGAGCUGCGACUGGAGAUGGAGCGCUUGGCCCUGCAGGAUGCACCGGUGGGCAGGAGGAACGGCCGUCGACAGGGGCCCACAUCCACCGAGAUUGGCGAUGGACCCUCCACCAGUGCUGCAGCCGCUGCAGCCGCCGCCGCCAAGUCAGCUGGCCAACAGGAAUCCGGCAAUCUGGAUCUGAUCGAGACACUGGAUGAUGAGUUCAAUAUCAGGGUGCCAGUGCCCAAGAAGAACGGGGGCCAUAAGCGGCGACUGCUGCGCAGCGAGACCUUGGCCCGGGAUCUGGAGGAGCAGGAGGAGCAGGCUGGCCAUCGUCCGGAGGUGGAGGACCACAUCGUCCAGAUCCACCUGGAGCAGGUGUCGCCGGACCGGGACGAAGUGCAGCAGCAGCAGCAUCAGGAGCAGGCACCGGUUCCGCAGGGCCAUGCCCCCGGAGCCGAGACCGGGGCAGUGCCCAAGUCAUCGAAUGUGUGAUUCUGAUUGUGGUCCCAGAUGUUCGCCAAACGCAAGAGGAAGCCGUAGUAGUGCAGUUUGCAAGUUGGUUGGGAUUUUAUGGAAUGAACUGGAAUCAAUGGCAGUUUAUUUCUUGCCACCACACCCAUCGAUCAUUUUGAUUUUUCAAAAAGGCCUUCUGCCACACACACAUCAAUCCAUAGUCACUUGCCAUAAAUCAAGAUUUUCUUUUAAAUAUUUCCAUUAUUUUAAAUACAACUUCUUGUGAAAGUCACGGAAAAAAUGAAUUUAAAAGUAUUAACUUUCAAGUUCCAGUUCAAUUUUGUUACACAUCUUGCUUACAUUAAUAGACUCAAGAUUUCUAACUUAUUACAUAACUAAUUGAAUCAGUCAAUUAAGUCGUUUCAGCAGCAUUUUAAGAAUGGAGUAAAGGUAAAAUAAAGAAUUUUUAGCUUGCUAUUUAAAUUUCUGGCCAAACGAUGGCAGAUCAAAAAGUUACGAAAACAGUAUUAUUUAACCUAAUAUUCUCAAACAAUCUAACAUUUUUUCAUGUAACCAUUGUUUGGCCAAAAGUUUAAGCCACAACUCUAGGGGCUAUAUAAGCCCAGUGUAAAUUUAAACAUAACCAUUCAGUUUCGGUUUCAGAAGUCAAAGGUCAGGUGUUAGAAGUUAGAGGUUAGAGGUUAGGAACCCAUCCGAUAAGAAGGUUUAUAUUUACCAGAUGAACACAUGAAGGUUUCCACAAUUGAAAGUGCAAGACAGUAUGGAAGUCCGUGUAGGAAUCACAUAGUUGGAAAACGGUAUUCCCUAGGAAUUAGACAAUGAAUAGAGGUGAAAUUUUUGCACUCUGAUUUAAAUCGAAAUGGACUAGGCGAAAAACGAAGGAGACGAGCAGUAGAUAUACAUUCGUAGUUAGUAGCGCUAAGAUUUAUCAUUUGAUAUUAGCCAUGCAAUGCGUUGAAAUUGAUGAUAUUUUGUCUAGAUUGACAGGUUAGAGUAGCCGAAAUCGGUAUCAACCGUAUUGAAAUCGCGACACUCGACUGUCUACUAAAUUCAAAGCAAGCCAAGCUGAAAAACACAGUAAGAAUACCUAUAUUUACCUAGAUCGUAAGUAAGUGUGUGGUUCCAUUCAGCAUUAAUUAACGAGAGCACAAAGAUGCCAAUAGAAAAAAAAACCCUUUUAAAUCGCACCUAUGCCCCCAUUAGGGUUAUUCAACAGUGUACUACCUAAAUAAUCACAUAUAUUUACUGAAUAUUAAAUGUUUGAUGUGUAUUUACAAAACGACAAGGAAAUAUUACAGAGGCCAAAGGGCGGACACUGCUGCAAAAUGCAGACUAUUUGUGUGAAAUCUAAAUCCGAAAUCUUUUGCGGUUUCAAACUGACGAAAAGUAUUUACAAAUAACCAGAUAAACCAAUUAACCCAGAUGCCCAGAUACCCACACAAAAAGACGAACACAACACAUAUCCGUAGGUUUUCGGGCCUCUGUUGCCAACGUCAAUAUAUAAUUGUCGCAAUGUGUGUUGAUUCAAAUCCGUGGUCAAAUUAGGUAAAUUAAGCAGACAGCCGGGCACUUUCGUCCAGAUGGCUGAUGGCCAGCCCAAUUUUUGAAGAACGAAAUCUAUUGACAGAGUUCCGAACAGUAAUUAGACACCCACAGAGGAUCGACACUAUAGCUAUAGUUUUUUAAAACGUAUUGAAACGUACCCAAGGAGUUUUGCAAAAACCGAGGAAAUUAUCCUAUUUGAGAGAACGCCAUCUUAAGAUGCGCGUCACACUUAAACCACCAAGUAAAGAAAACCGAUGAUAUCGAAGAUUUUUAAUGUUAGCUGUACGAGUAUCCAUAUGAAUAUGACUAUGAAUAAACACACAUACUAAAGGGAAAACAAAACUGAAAACAAAUAUUACCUAAUAUCUCUGUGUAUAUGUGUCUAGAGUUAAUGUGCAACAUUGAACACACUGAAUAAUGAUGAAUUUAUGAAUGUAAAACGAUCGGAAAUCGCAAUCGCUGUGCUUGGCCUACGUGGCCAUCUGUGUGCAGUUCGAUAUGCCGAUCGUUAUAGAUAUUUAAAUAUAUAACCUAUAUACAUACAUAUAUUUAUGUGAGUGUUGCUUUGACAAGCCAAGCUACUACUUGAUUUUCGAAAACGCUACACUAACGCAAAUGCGAUGAAAAAAAAUAAACUUAAAUGUGAUGCAUUUCUAUGAAUACACUAAAGAAUACAUAACCCUAUAUACAAUCAUAUAUGUAUACACAGUAUCGAUGGCUAUUUAGGCGUAAGACUCUCGAUCCGCAACCGCAUUAUUUUUACUUUAUGAGCUGGACUCUAUCGCAGCCAAGGAUUGCAAAAACAUUUUCGUUCCCUCCCCGCUACUCUUCGUUCUAUUUCGAUGUCCUUUCUGUCCCCAGAUUUCCAGACCACCAGAUACCAAAGCCAAUUGAUUGAUGAUGAAUCUUGGUCAGCGGUCGGUGGGUGGUGUACCAUGACUAUUGGACAUUGGAACAUUGGACACUGGGCACUGGACUCUGGGGGCAGACAGACCGCUCUAGAACAUCUGAAAAUAUAAUGAAAUAAAUGUUCAACAUAAAAUAUCACAAAAA